AUGAAAUGUUCUAACCUUGAAGACAAAGAACGGAAACACUCACUAUAUAAGGAUCAGUUAAGCCGAGAACAAAGGUACCUUAGGAGAAGACUGGAACAGCUUUCGUUACAUUUCGCCAUGUCAAAAAGACGUUCCCUUUCGGAAUGCUCCUCCUCAACAAUAAGUAGUAACCAUUCUACGACGUCCUUCUCGUCUGCGCCUUCGCCCAUUUCCGAGUCAGACGAAGUCGACGUGAUUGGUUACACGAGUACUCAGAGCGACACCGAUGACCACUCCAGUGUGCAGUCCGCGUCCAGUGACAGCGGAGUGGCCAUGUCCACCAGCCGCCUUACCUUAUCCGAGAUGGACGUCCUGUAGGCAGACGAGCAGACCUGAAGAGGCCGUGGCCGCGUCCCGAGCCAGUAUCGCCCCUCCCGUGGCCCCCCAGGGGACGACGCGCCAGCCUAGUCAACGAACACAGUCUGUCUUCUUCAGAUUAUCAUUGUAUUCACAAUUAUAAAUUAUUAUUUAUGUAUAUUGUACAUAUUUUAAAUCUAAAUCAGAUUAUGAAUAAUGUAUUAUUGAGGCGACCUGACUGCCCACGGGCCGCGGCGCAAUUUUCCCUUAAUUUUAGUUCAUUUUCAAUUCUUUAUCACCCCCUUUAUUAACCCCCACUGUUUACUACUUAGCUAACAUGUUCUACCUAACAGGUCACUCAAGACGCCAAUGAGCAGAAAUUCCAAUAGGCACAUAUUUCUUUAUUAAAUACAUUAUUAUUGUAAGAAAUUAUAAAAUAAAUUAUUUUA